AUGGGCGAAUUGGAGUCAGGGGCCGACGAGAGAAUGCACCAAUUCUCGAGCUCGGGCCGGUCCGGGCGCCGGAACGCUCUGCCAGAGAUCGACGUCUCCGAGGUGGACCCUGGCGCGCAGAAGCUAGCAGAAAGAUUUUCGCAGUUGGACGCCACCGAUGCCCCGUCGACCUCCAAACAAAGUGAUUCUCGUGAGUUCUUUUGCUUAUUUCACUCAGUGCGCUCCAGGAUUGACAAAAAU